UGUCAUUUCUACAAAAGGAAGAAGACAAAAUUCUCGAUUUUCGUCUGACGUGGUUCGUGUGCAUCGGCUAUCGGUAAAUUAAUUUUUUACCGUCGUCUGCAUUGUGCGUAAACACGGUCUUUUGCUGCUCCUGCGUUAUAAACAUUCAGCAGCAUCAUGAGUCCUAUGGGAUUGCUUAUACUAGUUGUGCUGGUAUCAUUCGGAUCGGCCGUUCCUUCUCACACACAAAGAACCGUGUCGAACCAUCUUACAACACAGGACCAAGAACGAUUCGCGAAGGUGUUUGGCGAGGGUUUAAAAUCGAAUGAUCUCCAAUCGCUGUACUACGCAUCCGUGAAUGCGGUUCUUCCGGCCGGUGAUGUUAUCAACACCUGCAAGCGCUUAUUUUCGCUGCACAGUGAUUCCAAAUUAAAUGAUUUCGAGAAAAACUUCUACCUUAUUGGUGCACGGAAGAACUUUGGUUGCAAGGAAGCACUUCCAGCGAAGGUCGAAUCCGCCAUUAAAGUUGCUCUAACUAAGGAUGCUUCUACCGCUCAGGAGAUCUACUACAACUUCCACUCAGCAAAGUUAGCUGGCCUCGCUGUGGAUGACAAAGUACGUACCACGCUCGGAAAGAACUUACAAACGGUGCUAAAAAAAGACGACUCACUUAACUCCCUCGGCCAUGCAUUCGCUGUGGCUGCUGAGCUGGGUUCCGCCGGUACUUUUGCCUACGACCGUAUUGAAGAAGCGUUCGUACAGGCUGACGAAGUUGAUGGAAAAAUGCUUCAGUUCGAAGGAGGACUAAGCAUUACAGCACUUAUCGUAAACGGUGCAUUCAAACUUGCCACAACCCUUUCCAAACCAGCACCAAUAACAACCGAACAAGCAGUUAAAUUCGCUACCUAUUUCCUGUCGCGAGCCUCCGUCCAAACACCGAAAGGUGUUAGCCUGCUAUUGGAAGCAUUGAACUUGUUAGCCACUCAGAAAACGAUCGCUCCGGUCUGUAUCCGUUUGGCCGACAAUGGUCAGCUGCUACCAGAGUCACCUGUGCUCCGAGUGCGUGUUUGCGACCUUCUCGGAAAGCCUCUCUCACCUGCUCUGGCCGCACUGUCUACUACGAUCGUGUCUCGCACGAGCAGCGAUGUGCUUGUUUCCAAGGUGAAUUUGGUUCCGAACAAAGAUGACUCGACACUUUUCACUUACAACUUGAAAUCGGCAUCCCCUACGCGCGGUCUGUAUCGUGUGGAUAUUGAAGCCGCUCCGUCCUACAAACAACAGCUGCAAGUGAGUGUUCUUGGUAAGGUACGUGUAAGCUCGCUAGAAGUCGGUGUAGGUGACACAGAUAGUGCAGCGUCGAGCGUGAAACGACACUCGGUAGCACAUCCUUCAAAGCUACCAACCGUUUUGAAUGCUGAUUCGCAGCAGAAGGUAUUACUCAAGACAGUGCUCGUCGAUGAUGUUAGUAGUAAACCGAUCAGCGUCCACCAAGCAUUUGUGCUUUUGCGCCAUCAGGAAACUCUGCAGGAAAUAAUCUUCGUGGCGGAAACGGAUUCAAGCAAGGCAUACAAGUUUGAGAUGGAUGUUGGUGCACGAGCAUCGGACUUUAGAUACAAGAGCGGACUGUAUGAAGUGCAUUUGAUCAUUGGAGAUGCGCUUCUUUCCAACUCUUUCCGGUGGCAUUUAGCCGAUUUGGAGCUUAAAUUUUCCGCCAGCGAAGGACAACACCAGAGCGCCUCGGUCGAAACUGCCAGCUUGCGUAAACCACUUCCAGAAAUCCAGCACCAGUUUCGCGCGCCGGAAAAACGGCCUCCGCGCUUCGUGUCUGAUCUAUUUACCGCUCUUUGCAUCGCCCCUAUUGUAAUAUUGUUCGCUCUGUGGGCCAGGCUAGGUGUGAACGUGAAGAACUUCCCACUGUCACUCGGAUCUCUAGGUUUUCAUCUCGGUUUGGGUGCUAUUCUGGUCUUGUUUGUCAUUUUCUGGCUUCGACUGAACAUGUUCGAGACGAUUCGUUACUUGAUUCCGCUAGCACUAUUCACAUUCUUUUGCGGAAAUCGAAUGCUGCGCAAGAUCGCGCGAAGUAGUACUGAAAAGUAAAGCUGAGUCUCACAAGUCUCUUCGUCGAGCCUUUCCUUAGUAAAUGUCGGAUAGUCUUAUAACGAACAAAGGCUUAGCAGUAAGCAAAUUCGCUUGACGAAAAAAUAACAACACUGACUUCUAUCUAAUGGCAGAGAGAAAAAAAAGCUUGCAUUUACAAUAGGAGAACCAAAAAUCAUUCCCUUUUCCAUCUAGAAGAUCACAACUGAGAGGCACCUGAUCAGAACGAAAGUGAAUUUUAAGAUUCUAUACUAUAUCGGUAUCAAACUCCUGUAUCAAUGGCCCACAGAACGGUCAGUGUUUUACAACACAAUGUCCCGUAAAUCGUGAGAAACAAUGUCAGCAGCCUAGAACAAUAGAUGAAACAAAAAAACUAAGAUUUAGCUAACGCAAGCGCAUAAAACUGAAAACACGUCGAUCGAUUCAUCCCGGAUGCGUCUAUUGAGCUUCACGAGUGUAUAUCCUAGACAGAGGUUUGCGGCAAGUAGCGAGGAUAAUAAAGUAAAUGGUAAAGCCUACGUGGUUGAAGAAAAAUUUCUCUUCAGAAUAAAACAAACAUAAUUCGAAAAACAA